UUGAGUAUCUGACGGGUUUAUUUAAGCGGGUAUAUCAUUGCGCCUGUAAACACUGCCGAAUGCGGUCUUCGUCGCUUCUCCGCUCCGAAACAAAAAUUCUUAGUGAACUAGCUUACGGAAGCGAGCUCAUCUGAACGAAAGUGAAUGUGUGCCCGGGUCAAAAAUAAAGUUGGUCCGCAAGCCAAAACAUAAGUGAACAAAUUCAGAAGAAAUCGAAAGAGCAUGGCUAAAUAAAAAUCACUGCACCUGCCUUCCGAGUGCACCUGUUUCCCCCAGUUCCGCCGCCCCUCGCAGGGAACACUUACGCACCUUUGGCAGUGGAUACGCGAAAGAAUGCACCGUGCAUGCAAAGUACAGCGGAGUGCUUGAUAACUUAAUACCAGCCAAAGGGGCGUAAAAACAAACGAGGCAGAAACAAAAACAGAAACAAAAACAGAAACAGAAACAGUGCGACCUUGUCUUGUCUUCGCUGGACUUCGUUUUCUGCCAUCCAUCAAAGUCGGACUGAAAAGUCUUGGGAUUACACAUAAAACUCAUUUGGAUACAAAAUCUCGCUUGUUUAGAGAUGCUGAAGCACGUGCAGAUCUCGCCGCUGCGGAACCGCUCCGACUCGGUGUCCCUCCGCUCCUCCAGCCACGCCUCCUCGUGCGCCAGCUCCAUGUGCGGCAGUCCGGAGCCGCCCUCGGACCUGCAGAGGACGCCCUCCAGGGCCUCCAGUUACUCCAGCCUCAACGAGCAGAUGCCGCAGGUGAGUCCAUCACACCCUUCGCUCCUCGAGAGCCCGGACUCAUGCGAACUUCCUCGCCCGCAGACCACAAUCAAGGUGUACACCAACUGCCUGAAGAUCGACAUCGAGUACAAGACGCUUGGGAUUCAGUGGGACACCACCAGCAAGGAGGUGAUUGCCCAGCUGCUCAGACGCCUCAAGAUGCGACACCGCGACCCGCGGCUCUUCUACCUGUCCAUGGAGGUGGCCGUGCGCCGGGCCGGCGUGAAGACCGUCCUGGUGCUGGACGAGGACACCCGGCCGGCCAUCCUGCAGGCCUGCCACCCCAAGGGCGAGUCCCGCUUCUGCCUGCAGCUGAGGCCGGGCGGCCUGAUCCGCGUCCACACGGCCGCGCUGCAGCCCAGCUCGCAGUACAAGUCGCUGGUCAUCAGCGAGGAGACCACCAGCGACGAGCUGCUCCACCUGCUGCUCGGCUGCUACGGCUCCCCCGAGCCCGUCGAGGCCUUCUCGCUCUACGAGGUGUGUCCCGGACAGGAGUGCCAGCGCAAGCUGCACCCGGACGACCUGCCGCUGCGCACCCAGGCCGAGCGGGUGAAGCGGGGCGAGGAGUGCCACUUCCUGGUGCGCCGGACGCCCCACUACGCGCGCCGGCGCCAGCUGCUGGCCAGCAUGAACGAGGCCAUGGCCACGAGGCAGGCGGAGGCGGAGGCGGAGGAUGCCUCCAGUCUGCUGGAGCUCUCCCUGGAGUCGGACGUCUCGCUGCCCGAGGACCUGCGCAGCUGCAGCAGCCGGAGCAGCCGGAGCAGCAGCGAGGGCGCCGAGGACGAGGACGAGUGGGCCAGCAGCUCCGGCUCCUCGGACACCUCCACGGAGUGCACCCUGCGUCGGUCGCUGGUCAACGUGUCCGUCUCCCCCGCUCGCGCCUACAGCCCAGUGUACAACAUCCGCGAGAUCCGCACCGCCUCGCACUCGUUCUCCUCGCUGGGCAAGGACAAGAAGCUGCUGGACAUCCACAUGAACGCCCGCUUCGCCGCCGCCGGCGUCUACGGCAGACUGGUGCCCGUGGCGGAGGCGGAGGCCCAGGACCCGAACGGCAAGGCCCCCAAGGCCAAGCUCGCGGCGGAGGCCGUCAACAACAACCCGGCCCAGGGACUUGGGCACUUUGUCUACCUGUAGCGACAUGUGCUUGGCAAGGAGGAAACCCGUGGAGCUCGGCACAGCCUUGUGGCAUGGCACUUGGAUUAGCGAUGGAAAAAAAUCAAUCUUAUCGGCGUCACAGAGAGGAAACUAUAGGGACCACAUCCCUUACAAAGACACCCCUGUAGUUAACCAUGAAGAUCGUCACUUUGCAAGCUCCGAAGGCGAGGACCAAAGAUGCAUUUGUAGCUUAAGCGUUGUGUGGAGGGGGAGUGUAAAUAGAAAUUAGGCCUGAUAACAAUGAAUCCUAAGAUUAGUUAAGAUUAAGAUAACAAUGGACACAUAUGCUUAGUGUAGGGCAAAGAAACCAUCUGCUAACAAUCCCAAAUCAAAGGAGUCUAUAGCUUAAUGCUUUAGUCCCGCAACUAAAGCUUCAGUAAGAGUAAGAACCUGGAGGCUUGUGGCCAACUUUCGUGUAUAAACCAAAAGAUAUUGUAAUGAUAAUAUAAGCACCACUUACGUAAACCGAAA